GCCGAACCGGGCUGAGGGCGGCGCCGCGGGCGGGGGCGAUGGGGCCUGGCUGCCGGGCGGCGGUGGCAGCGGUGGCGGGGCUCGCCUAGACGCGAGGGCGCGGGGAGGCGAGAAGCGAGUGGGUGCUGCGGCCCACCCGGGAUGGGCCAAGCCCGGCCUGGCGGGGCCGAGCGGGAGCCGAAGGCGGCACGCGGGCCGGGCCUGCGGGCCGGGCGGCCCGGGGGCUGAGGUAGAGGUGGGCGCGGAGGAAGGGGCCGGGCGAGGCGGUGGGAGGAGCGGCGAGGGGGCGGAGGCUGGGCGGCGAGAAAGCGGCGCCUGGCCCGAGGCGGCGGCGCCGGAGCAGGCUGAGGCGGCGGCCGGGACGAGCGCCCUGAGGUGGCGGCCGCGGCCCCAUGGGCGGGUGCGUGGGCGCCCAGCACGACUCCUCGGGCAGCCUCAACGAGAACUCGGACGGCACUGGAGUUGCUCUAGGUCGUAACCAGCCUUUGAAAAAGGAGAAACCAAAAUGGAAAAGUGAUUAUCCCAUGACAGAUGGACAACUGCGCAGCAAGAGGGAUGAAUUUUGGGACACUGCACCAGCUUUUGAAGGCCGGAAAGAGAUCUGGGAUGCCUUGAAGGCUGCUGCCCAUGCCUUUGAAAGCAAUGAUCAUGAACUGGCACAGGCAAUCAUUGACGGUGCAAACAUAACACUACCACACGGUGCACUGACAGAGUGCUAUGAUGAGCUGGGGAACCGGUACCAGCUGCCAGUCUAUUGCUUGGCACCACCAAUCAACAUGAUAGAGGAAAAGAGUGACAUUGAAACUCUGGAUAUCCCUGAGCCACCUCCCAAUUCUGGACACGAAUCUCAGCUCCGUCUGCGCCUCUCCACAGGCAAAGACCUCAAGCUUGUGGUGCGCAGUACAGAUACGGUGUUCCACAUGAAGAGGCGCUUACACGCCACCGAGGGGGUAGAGCCGAGCAGCCAGCGCUGGUUCUUCUCUGGCAGGCCUCUCACUGAUAAAAUGAAGCUGGAGGAGCUGAAGAUCCCAAGGGACUAUGUGGUGCAGGUUAUCGUGAGCCAGCCUGUGCAAAACCCAACCCCCGUGGAGAACUGAGCUGGGCUUGCCUGCUUCCCAGAUCCUCAGCUCCUUUUUAUUAUCAUUUCCUACUCUAUGGCGUGAAAUUUAUUUUCACUGCUCUGAAUUCCCUAUGAAUGGAUUUAGUUCUGAGGAAUUACCAGUGAAAAAUUCCAUCUGUGAUGGAGACCAACAAAAAUAAUAAAACACACAGAGCCAGA